AUGCGACCCGAGCUGGUGGUUGCUGCAGGUACUUACACCAUGGCAACCACCACAAUUGCGCUGCAGCGAGCGGUGUUGGCAAAUUGGCAAAUUCUGGGAACGCGGGGGCACCGCCGACUGGACCCGACUUUCCCGUACCAGUGUUCGGUUGCCCGGGCACGCGAGGCUGUCUGCUCGCCGGACUUUCCCCCGGAUUUGAAAACGCUUGCCAAAUGCUGA